CAGCCACUGAUGAAGCUUUUUCUUUGUAUUAUCACUAAUUAAAUGAAAGUUUACAGAACAUCUUUGGUUGGUAUGUUACAGACCUGGGAGACGUCGCUUUCUUUCUUCAGAUUUAAACAGAAUCCAGAAGCUGCGGAAAAUAAUUCUUGUUUUGAUAGCAAUUGGCAAUUUAUUGAUUUUGUUGUUUUUGUGACGACAGCAGCAGCAGCGUCGUUGAGGCGUCGCGCGCUCAUUAGUCGUUAUUAGAGUCACGUGUGCAGCGUGUGGGCGGACACACAGAGACACAGGACAGGUGUGGACACACAGGUGUGGACACGCGCGUAUGUGUAAACAUGCAGAAAGGUUUGAAAAAGUACUUUGUCAACAUGGACGACUAUCUGUCCAGUCUGGGCCUGUACCGGAAGAUGGUGGCGCGAGACGCGUCCAGUCUGUUCCGAGCUGUCUCCGAGCAGUUGUACUAUUCUCAGAACUACCACCGGAGGAUUCGUCAGGAUUGUGCAGACUUCAUGAGUGUAAACAGAUCAAACUUUGAGCCGUUUGUUGAAGGUUCCUUUGAAAAGUAUUUGGAGCGUCUGGAGGACCCCAAGGAAACAGUGGGUCAGGUGGAGAUCAAGGCUCUGUCUCAGCUCUACAGGCGGUGCUUCCACAUCUACCGUUACCCGGGGAAACCGGCCACUGUGAUCUCUGAGGACAAUUUUGUGGACAAGGUGAUGCUGUGUUGCUCUAUCAACGGCCACUAUGACAUUGUUUAUCUCAAGAGUUACCCCGCGUCUGCCGCCCUCUGCCAGGCUCUCCUGUAUGAGCUGCUCUACACUCAGGUGUUCGGCGUAGAGGAGGCGGAGCUCUGUCAAGCCAUGGAGGCCUCCAGGAUCGGAGGUCGUUGCUAUAGAAACAGUCCAUCAUUAAGUAGUGACAUUGACCUCGGCUAUGACACACCUGAGGACCGAGGACAGAGGGAGGAGGCGGAGUCAGUUGGUGCUGUGGACGACAAACACAGAUCUAUGAUGGACGAUACAAAGCCUCCUGCAGAAGCUCCGCCUCCUUCCAGACUGUCUCUGCCAUACAAAGUAAUCAAGUCUCUGGACAGAGACAUUUACAGGAACCUGGAGUUUGACGUGUGGCAGGACACGUGUAAAGAGAUGCAGAAGACAGAUUACAUGGUGUUUGCAGGGAGACAGUACUUCCUGGGAGAUAAGUGUCAGGUGCGUCUGGAGCCAAAGGGGAAGUACUACAACGCCUUCAUCCAGGAAGUAGGAACACACUCAUCAGCUGUUACUGUGUUCAUCGAGGAACUGGGAGAGAAACAUCUGGUUCCUCUGACUGAUCUAAAACCAGUCAAUCCAGUUCCUGCCUGGAACGUUUCAGCUCCAUCCAGAAAAGGAGAUCUAGAUUCAGACUGCCGUGGUCAGCGUCAUCAUCGCCAUCGUUACUUCAGGAAGUCUCGGGGUAACAGUGGGCUGAAGGGGGCAGAGCUUCUGAUGCCUCCACCCUCUUCAUUUGGAGGCCCCGCCCCCUCCAGCCUGCCCCCUCGUUUUCAGCCAGCGGGUCAUCCCCGCCCCCCUCCUCCUCCAUCACCUGGAACCAUGACCUAUGACCCUUACGGCCCCCCUCACCACCAUGUCCCCGCCCCCAGAGCUCCUCGCUACGGAACGACCAGAAGUUCCACACGUUUCCUGAACCGUCACCUGAUUGGUCCUCAGCUGACCUACUACCAUCCUGGAAGACGCUAUUACCAUGACUACGAUAACUACGCCUUCAGGUCCCGACGGAGCCGCCGUCAGCUCGUCGCCGCACUCAACAAAGAGUGUCAGUUUGGUUUCCCUGCAGAGACGGGGGAGGAGCCAGCAGAUCUAGAUGCUGCCAUUGCUUAUUAUCAGCUGGACGACGCCAGCGACGGCGUUUUCCCACCGCUGCCGGGCUCGGCUAUUCCUCCACCCCCAAACAUAGGAGCCCCUCCCCCAGGCUCCUCCUAUCGAGUUCAGAGAAGCACUGGGCCCCUCCCCUCCACUGCUCUGCCUGGAAAUUCCCCCGUGUGUUCGUCAGAGGAAGAGCAAGAGGAAACGAGCACCGUGGAGGAGCAUGCUGAUUUCUCUGAGGACUUCAUCUUCAGUUCUCAGACUGACAGCUUCCAGACUUCAGGUGUUUACACUGCUGACCCCAACAACCAGAAUGAACAGGAAGAAGAAACGAGUGAAUCUCCACAGAGACAAGACAUGAACUACAACUACACACAACAGGUUGUGAAACCAUUAGCCAUCAUAGAUUCUUCACCCUCAUCUUCAUCAUCUUCACCAUCAUCUCCAUCGUCCCAUGUUCCUGCAGCUGUUCACCUGUCAACAACUGCACAUACACAGACACACUCUGCAGUUGCCAUGGCGAUUCCUGCUGCCUCUCCCUGGUUGGCAAAUGAGCUGGGUGAGCCUCUCUGCACUGUUGUGACUCCACCUCCUUACUCCUACGACCCUAAUGGCAGUGACUUACCAAGAGACUGCAGAGUUCUACAGUAUUACUUCAAUUUAGGAGUCCAGGUAACACACACACUCUACACAUACACACCCACUCAGCAGGAGUUGCAGUUGACUCCGCCCCCUCUACAGUGGUACCAUCAGAGCUGUUGGCAGCAGCAGCAGGCAUUUCCACCCUCGCCUGACUCCUCCUACUCCUACCAUCACUACUCCCCCUACCUGAGCCAGGACACACUGCACGGGCCUACCUCAUUGUAUCCUGAGACCGGUCGCAGCUCCCAACAGCCCUCCUCCUCUUACCCAGAAUCCUCUAGGGCUGGAGAGGGACAGACAGACGGACACUGCAGCGGCUCUGCCCCAUCCAUAGAUGGCCCCACCCCUUCCGCUCCUCCCAGCUCCACCCCCUCUGCAGCUCUCCUGUACCCGGAGCAGACGACCCUUCCUCCUCCCCCGAUGCUGCACCUGCCUUACGAUGCUCCACCCAUAACCACUUACCUGCCCUCUGCUCCACACCCUGCCCACCUCCCCCACCACUCCUACCACUGCCUCCCCCCCUCCACCCACUGGGGGACACCCCAGACUGGAGGCCACACCCCACGUGUUUACUGCCCCGCCCCCAACCCUGCUCACAUGGUCACUUACAUCACAGCCCCGCCCCCACACCACUCAGCCACUCAUUACAUACCCCCCACGAUCUAAGACACACCCCCUUAAAAACUCAGCUCACAGUUAGCAUGUAGCUAAUGCUAGCAGAAGUUUAAAGUGUUACCACAUUAGAGGGGGCGGGACUUGUCCCUGUUUAUGUUAAUGAAGGACAUAUUUAUGUUGAUGUUAAAUGUUCAGGUGUUUGUUUGUGGGAAAAUAAAGUUUGUGUUUCACCUGCAAA